UCGGGCUAAGGGCUUGGAAGUCGCUCGCAGUCGUUCCAGCCCCCUUCCAAAACCCUAACCCUAGGAGAGAGAGGGGGAAAGAGAGCUAGAGAAGCGGCGACAGAGAUGACGACCCGCUUCAAGAAGAACCGGAAGAAGCGCGGCCACGUGAGCGCCGGGCACGGCCGCAUCGGCAAGCACCGGAAGCACCCCGGAGGCCGCGGUAACGCCGGUGGCAUGCACCACCACCGCAUCCUCUUCGACAAGUAUCACCCCGGGUACUUCGGCAAGGUGGGCAUGCGCUACUUCCACCGCCUCCGCAACAAGUUCUACUGCCCCACCGUCAACGUCGACCGCCUCUGGUCGCUCAUUCCUGACGAUGUCAAGGAGUCCGCCACUGCCGGCAGCGGCAGCUCCGCUCCCCUCAUUGACGUCACCCAGUUCGGCUACUUCAAGGUCCUCGGCAAGGGCAUGCUGCCCCCUUCCAGCCCCGUCGUCGUCAAGGCCAAGCUUGUCUCCAAGAUCGCUGAGAAGAAGAUCAAGGCCGCUGGCGGCGCCGUCCUCCUCACCGCCUGAUCCGAUCCAAUGUACUCUUGUUCGGAGAUCUAGGGUUCUGUUACUUAAUCCUUUGGUUGGUUUCCGAUUUAAAGUUCAGAUUUUGAGAUCUGUUUCAUUUGGAUAUGUGUUGGAGACUUGCUUCAGAUUUCUUAUUCAGGAUCGCUGACGUUUGUUUAAGUGAUGGUAUGAGUUUAUUAAAACUAGAUUUUGAAAAAGUUCAGAGUGUUUUAUGGUGCAAAAUUUCUCCUUUUUGGCCAAA